GCAGUGUUCUGAGGACACCGGCACUGGAUGCACCCAGAGGGCGGUGAGUGAGCGGCCGGGGGGCCUCGGGACCUGACCAUGGACCCUGUGGGGGCAGCAGACCCCUCAGCGCCCCCAGGCCCUUUGACUCACCUGAACCUGCUGGACGACUCGGAGGUGCGGCCGCAGAGCGGAGCCGACGGGCGGAGCCUCCCGGGCAGCUGGAACAGGUCACCCCCAGAGCGCACCACAGCCCUGCGGGAAGGCGUGCGACGGUGCCUGCAGCAGCAGUGCGAGCAGACGGUGCGGAUCCUGCACGCCAAGGUGGCCCAGAAGUCUUAUGGAAAUGAGAAACGGUUCUUCUGCCCCCCACCCUGUGUCUACCUCUCAGGUCCCGGAUGGAGGGUGAAGCCAGUGCCGGGCCAAGCCCACCAGGCGGGCGAGACGGGGCCCACCGUCUGCGGUUACAUGGGACUGGACGGCGCGUCCGGCAGCGCCGCCGAGACGCAGAAAUUGAGUUUCGAGGAGCAGCCCGACUCCAGGGAAUUCGGUUGCGCCAAGACCCUGUACAUCUCGGACGCGGACAAGAGGAAGCACUUCCGGCUGGUGCUGCGGCUCGUGCUCCGAGGGGGGCGGGAGCUGGGCACCUUCCACAGCCGCCUCAUCAAGGUCAUCUCGAAGCCCUCGCAGAAGAAGCAGUCACUGAAAAACACCGACUUGUGCAUCUCCUCGGGCUCCAAGGUCUCCCUCUUCAACCGCCUGCGCUCCCAGACGGUCUCCACGCGCUACCUCUCCGUGGAGGACGGGGCCUUCGUGGCCAGCGCGCGCCAGUGGGCGGCCUUCACGCUCCACCUGGCCGAUGACCGCCCUCCCCAGGGGGACUUCCCACCUCGGGAGGGUUACGUCCGCUACGGCUCCCUGGUGCGGCUCGUCUGCACUGUUACGGGCAUCACGCUGCCACCAAUGAUCAUCCGCAAAGUAGCCAAACAGUGUGUGCUCCUUGACGUGGACGAGCCCGUCUCCCAGCUGCACAAGUGUGCGUUCCAGUUUCCUGGUGGCCCUCCUGGAGGCGGCGGCACCUACUUAUGUCUGGCCACAGAGAAGGUGGUGCAGUUCCAGGCCUCCCCCUGCCCCAAGGAGGCGAACAGGGCGCUGCUUAACGACAGCUCUUGUUGGACCAUCAUCGGCACCGAGUCGGUGGAAUUCUCCUUCAGCACCAGCUUGGCAUGUACCCGGGAGCCGGUCACUCCGGUGCCCCUCAUCAGCACCCUCGAGCUGAGUGGCGGCGGUGAUGUGGCCACGCUGGAGCUCCACGGUGAGAACUUCCACGCGGGGCUCAAGGUGUGGUUCGGGGAUGUGGAGGCCGAGACCAUGUACAGGUAUGGGGGCAGGGAGAGGAGGGAGCCCCCGGUCCCUGGUGUGCGUGGUGCCGGAUGUAGCCGCCUUCGGCAGCGACUGGCGCUGGCUGCGCACACCCAUCACAGUGGCGGUGAGCCUGGUGCGCGCCGACGGCCUCUUUUACCCCAGCGCCUUCUCCUUCACCUACACCCCCGAAUACAGCACGCAGCCCGCCCCCUCGGGGGCCCCCCAGCCCGCCACCGAGGCCGAUGCAGAUGCGCUGCUGGAGAGCAUCCACCACGAGUUCACGCGCACCAACUUCCACCUCUUCAUCCAGACAUAGGCGCGCCCAGCCUGGCCCCGGGAAGCAUUCUUGGGUCCUAGGCCCUGCUCUCUGCUCCCUCUGCUACCGAUGGAAGGGAAGGCCUGUGGGAGCAGCAGCGGAAGGCUCUGGCCAUUGAACCCCGGCCCUGUGGGUGCUGCAGGAGCCACUGGCUCCUCCUUCAUCAUCUCCAUCAUCUCAGAAGAUGCAGCCUCGGUGAUGCUGGCUUUGCAGCCAGCCACGAGUGUGGCUCUCCCUGCCUUCACCUUUGUUUCGCUCUCUCCAUCAAACAAUCUGUGUCUUUCUCCCUCAGUAACUUUGUACCCUCUCUAAUGGUGUGCUCCCCUCACUCCAUCUUUCUCUCUCUCCCCCUCUGCACCUCCUGGAGUUUCAGCACCCCGGCAUGGCCUCCAGGCCCCGAGGCAGAGGGUCAGGAGCGGAGCACCAGGUGUGUCCUGAAGCACCUCGAGCCACCUGGAGCUCUGGGUUGUGCCCUGGACCGCAGAGAGCCGCCCUUCCUUGUAUUCCCUGCGGCUGGCGCCAGGCCUCAUACCCGGGCCUGUGCUUGCUCUCUGCCUCACAGCCUUCGUGGCCGGGCAGGUGCCUGGGGCAGUGGGAAGGUCUUACUGUCCACACAGGCGCUUCUCUCACAGGCCCAGCAGGAGCCAGUCCUGAGGACGGGGGAUCCCUCUGCUGUGCUAGUAGCACCCCCAAUCCAAGGCAGAGUCCAAUCUGCAUGACCCACCUGCGCAAGGACAGAGGUGCCUGGUGUACUUCCCCCACCCCACCCCACCCCCACACACAGGGAGGAGUCACUGUGCUAGGAGCAGAGGGCCUACCCUCGGGGCCCUUUCUAGAGAAGACCCUGGCAUCCCUGGCCCCUGGCCCUGCCAUGGGGGCCACCUGUCAGCUCUGGUGAUGAGUUAUCCUAGGAACUACCCCCCACCCCAGGCAGCGAUGCUCCCCAGGCCCAGAAGCAAACACAGGACACCCAAUACAACUCUUCCCAGGCAGAACUCCUGGGAUCAGCCGGGCAGUAACCCAGCCAAGGCAGGAGCUUCUCUGCCUGGGGACCCGGGCCCAAGUCAUCAUCCACCCCUGCUCAGCCUGCCCACCCCGUGCCUGCUCCAUGCUCUGCAGGGAAGCAGAAGAACCAGGCAGUAUCCUGGCUCAGGCUGCUGGAACCAGGGACACCGAUAUCAUGGGUGCCAACUACCCUUCCCAGGCCCUGCUGGGGCUGAGCGGGGAGAACCAGUUUGAAAUGUUCGUUCAGGGCUCUCACACACCCCCUUCUCUCCCCCUUGAACCCUGAGGAGGGGCCCGGUCCCUGCAAACCUCCUCCCCAGAACACGGAAAGCCCCGUGAAAAAGAAGAUGCCAGCACUUCCUGAGAGGUUUGCCCUUUAGACUGGCCAAGGCCUCCGUCGGCGGCUGAGCCCGCCACGACAGGGGAGGAGAAGCUCGUUUGCAGCCCCUCGAGGCCCCUGGCCCAGGAAUGCGGGGCUCGAGUAGAAUGGGAAGUGUCCCCGACACGAGAGCGCACGCCAGGGGGGCUGGAGCCCCUGGCCCGGGCCGGUGUUGAAGCAGGAAGCCACUCAUGAGGAGGCUAAGAGGAGUUUCAAAGCACAGCACACAGGAAGUCGGGGCUCAAGGGCCCAUCAGCCGGGCCCUCAAGGGCUUUCCACGGCCACUCCGCAAGGCAGGAGUGUCGGAAGCCGAGGACCUAGGUCGGCCUGAAAACCCGGCCCAGCCACACAGCUCUGUCUGCUGCACGCCCCUCGGCACCCUGGGACCCCGGGUCCUACCUGCACGUCUGUGACCUCGGAGCUCCAGCCCUGGCCUGUCUUCUGAGGUCCACCUGCUGGACUGUCCUCGAAAGUCCUCCUAGCCCUGAGUCUGAGUCCAUGAACAUUAAAUCCCCCCCCACACCCACCAUCCUUACAGUCCCUAAUCAUCUGACUCCUUCCUCCACGCCCUCCCGUCCCCAAGGCCUAAGGACUGACGCCACCUCUCCUUCCCCACGCAAACAGGCUUCCUCUCCUUCCACUACUACCCUGUUCUCCCCACCCAGCUCAGAUGUCACUUCCUCCAAGAUUUCUCCAAGGCCGGACCUGCUACAUAAUGUGUGGGGCCCCGGCAGAAGGAAAAUGUAUGGCCUCCUGUGCCAAAAUUAUUAAGAAUUUCAAGACAGCCACAGAGGAGCAUGAAAUCAAGGCCAUGCUAAACACAAGGCCUGCUGUGACCACACAGGCCACAUGCUUGCAGAGCAGGCCCUGGCUCCAGGCUCUGCACCUUGUGGACAAUGCCUUGUGGACAGCCUCACUGGCACUUUGCCACUCACCACCCACCUUGGAACAAAGGGCUUUAUGUACGUUUCAGGUGUCCCCUCUAGACUGUGAGCUUCAAGAGGAAAGGAACUAAUCACUGCAUAUCCUGGAGGGUACAUUAUAAUGCUUGGGCAUUGAGUUGGGGCCCAAUAAAUACCACCAAAUUGCAUUGCA